AUGAGGCCAGUGCUGGUCAGGCGGCUGCAGCCAGGCCAGGCCCCCAGCAAUGGGGGGGCCCCAGCCCCAGCCCCUGCCCUGGCAGCCGCCGCUGCCGCCGUCCCUGCAGAGCAGCCUGCACACGGCGGCCGGAGCGACAGCAAGCAGCUGCAGAGCCUGCUGUCUGUCGCCUUGGGGCAGCGCCCACAGGGCGCCGAGCCAGGUGGCGCUCGGCCGGCGGCGCUCUCAUCCAUCCUCCGCCUCUUCCUCGCCUGCGCCGACGAUCCGGCUAG